GACGACGGCAUGAUCUUCACCGUCCCCCCGCUCGGCGUGUCCGGCUCCUUGCGCUCGCGCCUGCUUAAGCGCAAAACGCGAACACACGACGGCGCGCCCGCUCGGCCGAUCAGCACAUCCCAUGGCGUCCCCGGGGCAGGCGAGACUGAGACCGAGAGUGAAGACUCGCCCCACAACCUCCCGACAUCGCGCAUCAUCACGUCCUCCGCCGCAUCUCCCUUCUCACCCACAUGGUCCAUCCACCUGCUCUUCUUCUUCUCGCGCCUGCUCUCCAUCGUGCCCGCCGUGUUCGGCAUGCUGUGGAACCUCUACCACGUCAUCUGGCCGCCGGUCAGCACCGGCUGGCAAUGCCUCCAGCUGACGACGGGCCUGCUCAAGCGCUGGAGAGUAUACUACUCCCCGCUGCCCACGCUCAUCCGUCUCUUGGCCCUGCAGGCGAUCUGCUGGCCCGCGACGCACCUCACGCUCUCGGUGCUCAACCACGAGGCGCGCCCGGCGCUCUGCUGGGCGGUGAUCGGGACGACGACGUGCUACAGCCGGAGCAUCCAGCUCUGGGUGACCUCCAACAUCGGGCCCGCGCCUGCACCACCUCCCGCCGCCGCCGCCGCCGCCGACAGGUCGCGUUCAGCUGGGGUGGUGGGACAGCCGUCGCCGCUGCGCCAGUCGGUGCUUGCGCGGGCGAGCGGGAUGCGCGAGGAGUGGAUGCGGCUGAGGAGGCGCCGCUGGGAUUGGGGCGCGGUUGGACGCAAGUGCGUGCUCCCCGCUGGGAUCGUGUAUUUCGUGAUGGCGUGGGCGGAGAUGCUGAGACGGGAGUGGGAGCGCGCGGGCCCGGGUGUUUAGAUGUAUGAUAGACAGAGUAGAUACUGUAUUGCUGUAUGCAA